AUGGAUAAACAUGCACUGAGAAGAAGAAACAGACUGCUUAAAAAGAAUGAAGCUCGGAUGAAUCUUCUGCUUGGGAAGUCGGAAGAGGGCAAUGUAGAGAAGGACACGGAGGACAAAAAGAAGGCGCCCGAUUUGAAGCCAAAACAGAGUGAAAUAAAUCAAGAGGAGGGACACGAUGAAGGGGAGAAGAAACAACCCCCACACACGGGGAAAGAUCAAGUGGAAACACAGAUCAAUUCCUUAGGACAGGCUAGCACAGCCGACGCAGAUCUACACACGGAAGACAAUUCCAAACAGAAGGGCGACGCCAGUAGUGUACAUGAACAAACCCAGGAGGGGAAGGAAAAGGAGAAGAAUGACCCCACUGGGCAAGAGGAACAAAAAGGAGACCCAGAAAAGGGCCCAAAGGGGGGUCAAAGGGGCGAACUAACAAAUCGAGCAAAGAAAAAACGAAUAAGUAAUCACCCAGGCGAUAAUUCAGAUAACGAACGAGACGACUAUACCAAUGCCGAUGAUAUCAAUAAUCCCAGUGAAAGCAACAGCGCAAAAUCAGAGGAAGGGAAAAUUAAUGAGGGAGCCCCAAUUGCAACCCCCCAAUUUAAGGUGUCCAUUUUCAGACUGGCCCAAUUUGUAUCCCUUAUAUUUAUCGCCUCAAUUGUAAGUAUCGUGAAAAUAAAAUAUUGUGAUUACAAUCCACUACCAAUGAGCAUAGAACCCAUGCGGAAGAAAAAAAAACUGCAACGUUUCAUCAGCUCCAAGUUUGUUUUUUUUUUCCUCUCCCUUUUUUACAACACGACAUUUUCGCUAAUUGAUGUGUAUGCCCAUUAUGUAAAACAGAACAUGAGUCAGAAGGAGAUAUGGAGAAACCUACAGAACCUACGGGAAAGGCUCACAAGUCAGUCUGAAUCCCUAUUGUAUCUCCUAAAUAAUGGCACAACCCUUGCUUCUUUUUUUGUGAGUAUCGUAAAAACAUACUUACUGCUAAUGUUUUUAACUCAUUUGUUUGAUGACCUUCUGUACAACUACACCGUUCGCAAGACUUGGGCGAGUGCUCCCCUCCCCGCGUCGUAG